AUGACUCAAGAUAAACAAGUUAUUAUUAUCGGAGCAGGUAUUGCCGGUUUAAAAGCGGCAUCGCAAUUAUAUGCUAACGGGAUCAAAAAUUGUCUGGUCGUCGAGGCAAGGGAUAGAUUAGGCGGUAGAUUACAAACAGUCUCAGGUUAUAAUUGUUCAAAAUAUGACCUUGGGGCUGCUUGGCAUCAUGAUAUUUUGAUGAAUGGAUUGUUUACCGAGGAGUUGGAAUUGAAUAAAAAAUGUAAAGAUAGCGAGAGCAAAAGGUUUGUUUUUGAUGACAACCAACCUAUUUUCGUUGAUGAGGAAAGAGGCCGUUUGGAUCAUGAUCCUGAAAUGAUUUUGGAAUUUAUCGAUAAGGAAAUUGAUAAGUAUACCGAAUUAGAAUUUUAUCAAAGUCUUGAUGUUAAGGAUUGCUCAUUUCAUGACAUUAUAUUGAAAUAUUUGUUUGAACGUAGAGAUACAUUAACCGAUGAUCAGAUUAGAUACUCUGCUCAAAUUUGUAGAUACUUAGAAUUGUGGCAUGGUAUUGGCUGGAAAGAUAUGAGUGCCAAAGGUACUUAUUUUGACCACCAGGGAAGAAACGCACUAGUAACAAAUUUUGACUCUAUUAUUGAAAGGAUUUCAAGUAGUUUUCCAAAGGAGUGGAUUGUUUUGAAUACCGAGGUUAAAACUAUAGAACGUAAGGGAAAAAUCGUUGUCGUGAAGCUAAAUAACGGUGAAGAAUAUACAUGUGAAUACACUGUUGUUACAGUCCCACAAAGCGUUUUAGAAUUAUCGACAAAGGAUCCGAAUGACAUUACAAAUACUAAGGGUAGAAUUGAAUUUAUUCCACCUCUGAAUGCUAGGAUCCAGGAAGCGUUUAGGAAAAUGCAUUUCGGUGGAUUAGGAAAAGUUAUUUUUGAAUUCGAUGCAUGUUGUUGGACCAAGAAAGGUAGCAGGAUAUUUACUUUGGCUCAUUCCAAGGAAACUUUUGUUAAUAAUGUGCGUGAAGCUGGUUCAUGGGACGAAUUGAUAAAGAAAAGUGAAUCAGUUAAUUCUACAGACAAACCAAAAGAUCUUACAUGUUGGGAUUAUCCGUUAUUAUUUGUCGACUUAGCGAAAUCUACUGAUGUCCCAACUCUUGUUAUGUUGAUGCAACGCCCUUUAUCUAACUAUAUUGAAUCUAUUGGUGAUGACAAGCAGAGAAUAUUUGAAUUUUUCCAACCAGUUUUAGACAAAAUUAUGUCGACGCUUGAUACUGAAUCCGUAAUUAAUGAAAUGUUUGGCGCAACAACUGCAUCCAAUAAAAUUGGCCCUAAACUAAAAAAUAUCAUGACCACAAAUUGGUCUAUCGACCCUUAUUCAAGAGGAAGUUAUUCUACAUGUUUCCCAGAAGAUGAUGCACUAGAAAUGAUUAUUGCCAUGAGUAGUGGUCAAGAUUCGCGGAUCAGAUUCGCAGGGGAACAUACAAUUAUGGAUGGAGCAGGGGCUGUCCAUGGUAGUUGGGAAAGCGGUAAAAGGGAGGCAGCAUAUAUUUCAAAGAACUUAUAUAACAAGUAA